CACAUUCAUUCUGUCUCUCUCUCUCUGUCUUUCUCUCUAUCCCUCCCUCUCCUUGUCUCAGUCUUUCUGUCCUAUGCUCAGACAGACAUGCCCAUUCUUUCAGUUGCUCAGACACACAGCCACUGACACAGGAACACAUACCAGAGGGGAAGGCAUCCACCAGUCCUCUCAUUCUUCCUCACUCUUCACUCCUCUCGUCUCGCUGUGUUUUUCUUCUUGGAAGCUGGCUGUUCCGUCCCUGCUCUGCUCUACCUCCAUCCCAGCCCUGCUUCAGGAGGCUCAGAUUGCUGCGUCAGGAAUCGGCAGCAGCCAGCGCACUGAGCAGAGAGUUUCCUGAGGAGAGUGAGCCUCUGGGUCAUACACUAUCCCAGGAUAGGUGCAACGUCAGAGAUGACAUACAAUGGUUCCAGACACUACCACACGCGUCCUGUCUCAGACCUUAUCUCCUACAAGGCCGAAGGAGGGAGUGACUGGGCACAGACAUUGUGGAGACAAAAGCCCAGUUUGUUGAGAGACAGUCCCCUGUUGUCCUGGUGAGAGAGAGACCCCUCGGCACACUGGCCAUACCCCCACCCUCCCGUCUCCAUGUAUCCUGAAUCUACCACAGACUCACCUGCCCGCCUCUCCCGACAGACUGGCUCGCCGGGCAUGAUCUACAACGCACGCUAUGGGAGCCCUAAACGACAGCUGCAGUUCUACAGAAACCUUGGGAAGUCUGGCCUGAGGGUGUCCUGCCUUGGACUAGGAACAUGGGUGACGUUUGGUGGACAGAUAACAGACGAGAUGGCCGAGCAGCUUGUGUGCCUGGCCUACGAGAACGGCAUCAAUCUGUUUGACACAGCAGAGGUCUACGCUGCAGGGAAGGCUGAGGUGGUGCUGGGGAACGUCAUAAAGAAGAAAGGAUGGAGACGUUCCAGUUUGGUGAUCACAACCAAGAUCUUCUGGGGCGGAAAAGCAGAGACUGAGAGAGGCUUGUCCCGAAAACACAUUAUAGAAGGUUUAAAGGCCUCACUGGAGAGACUGCAGCUAGAGUAUGUGGACGUGGUGUUUGCAAACAGACCGGACCCCAACACUCCCAUGGAAGAGACUGUGCGGGCGAUGACCCAUGUGAUCAACCAAGGCAUGGCCAUGUACUGGGGCACGUCCCGCUGGAGCCCCAUGGAGAUCAUGGAGGCGUACUCUGUGGCGCGGCAGUUCAACCAGAUCCCUCCCAUCUGUGAGCAGGCUGAGUAUCACAUGUUCCAGAGGGAGAAGGUAGAGGUGCAGCUGCCAGAGCUCUUCCAUAAGAUAGGUGUGGGGGCGAUGACAUGGUCACCACUGGCCUGUGGGAUCAUCUCAGGGAAAUACGACAGCGGGGUACCACCUUACUCCCGCGCUUCUCUUAAGGGCUACCAGUGGUUGAAGGACAAGAUCUUGAGCGAGGAGGGCCGGCGUCAGCAGGCGAAGUUGAAAGAGCUGCAGGCAAUCGCAGAGCGGCUGGGCUGCACUCUGCCCCAGCUCGCCAUCGCGUGGUGCCUACGGAACGAGGGGGUGAGCUCCGUACUCUUGGGGGCAUCCAACACCGACCAGCUGAUGGAAAAUAUAGCAGCAAUACAGGUUCUUCCCAAACUAUCCUCCUCAAUCACACACGAGGUAGAUAGCAUCCUGGGGAACAAGCCGUACAGUAAAAAGGACUACCGUUCCUAACUCACCACCACGCCAGCCAGCAGGGCUGCUCCAGGGCUGCUCCAGGGCUGCUCCAGGGCUGCCAGGGCUGCAGCACAGCGCCAUGCCCCACCUUUGCCUGAUCCUCCGUUUGCUUGAGCUUUUACUGAAUUAGACCCCGGCGCAUGAGUCUGACCCCGCCUCAGCCACCCUGGGGAGCAUCAUGUAGACUUCCAGAGAAAAGGAUGAAGAAAUAGAGAGAGAGAUGGUCACAUCUGCAGGGAAGGAAGGACAGAUAGAAGAAAGAUGUAUUUUUAAAACUGAAGAAAAAAUAUGUUUAUAAAAAAACAUGCUUGCUUGGCAGCCAGAUAUUUCAUUUUUAUUUGCAUUUGUUUCUCUAAAUACUGAAUGCAUACCAAUGGAUUUAAGUUUAUACAAAUAUACAACAAAAACUCUGUUGCA